UGUUAGUUGGCAGUCGACGUAUUCAUGUGUUGGCUUCUUCUCAUUGGCCGAUUGUGAACCCGGUUAACCAUAUUUUCCAUUCUAAUUACAAUUAAAUUAAUUUGUUUCUUUUUUUUAUAAUUAAUUUACUAUUUUUCUAAACGAAUUUUAAUGAUUACAAGUUAGUGUUUAAUUGGUUUAAAUUGUUCCAUCUUCUUUUUUUUAUACUCUUUUGUUUUGUUUCUUUGUGGAUUAGCUUAUGAUCAAAGAAUCAUCAUUAUCAAUGAUGAUACUUCAAUCUUGUAAUAGACUUUUUGUUAUUCUUUUUUUAACCAUUUACUGUGGUUGUCUUGGUCAAGUUCCGUCAAAUAAUCAAUCAUAUGAUCCACCACAUCGUCGAUUUGAAUAUAAAUAUUCUUACAAAGGACCUUAUCUUGCCCAAAAGGAUGGAACUGUUCCCUUCUGGAUUUAUGAAGGUUCAGCUAUUGCUUCUGAAGAAAUGGUUCGGAUUACUCCGUCUCUAAGGUCAAAAAAAGGAUCAAUAUGGACUAAAAUGCCAACUACUUUUGACCAUUGGGAAAUUGAAUUGUGGUUCCGUGUAAAUGGCAGGGGUCGACUUGGUGCUGAUGGUUUAGCUUUUUGGUAUACGGACAUGAAAUAUCCAGAAGGUCCAGUCUAUGGGUCAGCUGAUAAUUGGAGAGGUUUGGGUAUUUUCUUUGAUUCUUUUGACAACGAUGGUAAAGGAAACAACCCUUACAUUAUGGCGAUGGUUAAUGAUGGUUCUAAAAGUUAUGACCACCAAUCAGAUGGAUUUAAUCAACAAAUGGGAGGCUGUCUAAGAGAUUUUCGUAACAAACCUUUCCCAGUUCGAGCUAAAAUUGAAUAUUACAAGAACGUUUUAACAAUCCUUUUCCACUCUGGUAACAGUAACAAUGAAGAUGAAUAUGAAAUGUGUACUCGAGUCGAGAAUGUUUUCCUUCCACAAAGAGGCUACUUUGGAGUCUCCGCAGCAACCGGAGGAUUAGCUGAUGAUCAUGAUGUUCUUAAAUUCCUUACAUAUUCUCUGCAUGUUCCAGGAAGUCAACCAGCAAUUCCACAGGCAACUGGAGCACUUGCUGAUCAAGAGAAAGAAAAAGUCUCUAAAGAAUAUGAACUUUAUAAAGAGAAACUAGAGAAACAAAAAGCAGAUUAUUUCCAAUCACAUCCCGAUGAGGCAAGGAAAAUGCGGGAACAGGAAGACAUGUCUCCAGAUCAUGAGUACGAAAGUCUCGGUGAAAAAGAAUUACAACAAAUCUUCACAGGUCAAAGUCAAAUAUUCGAUGUUCUUAAAAAUUUAAACAGAAAACUGGAUGAAAUCAUUGGUAGACAAGAACGAACUCUCUCCAUGGUCGGUUCUUUCCAAGGGGCCAUGCAAGCAGGAGUAACUGCUGGUGGUGGUGCCCCUCAUCAAGGCGGAGGUCCACCUCCUAUUUUACCAGCACCAAUUCAACGUCAUGAAGUUGAAUCUUUAUUAUCUCUCCAACAAGAAUUGGUUCGUAAUUCAAGAGACAUGAAAAGUUCAAUUCUCGCACAAGCAAAUGCUCAAGCACAACCCGCCUCAGCCCAAGCUGCCCCUCACUCUGUGCAAUCAUUAAAUCAACAAAUGUUAACUGAUAUUCGGGAUAGUAUUAAUGUAUUAAGAAAAGACUUGGGUCAAAUCGGGACUCGUGUAAUGGCCGGUGGAGGAGGCGGAGGUGCGCCCAAUGGUAAUGCACAGCCAAUCGUCAGUUGUCCAACAAUUAACUGCCUCUCUUUUACUUAUUUCCUCGUCAUAACAUCGGUUCAAUUUAGUAUCGUAUUGGGCUAUCUCGUCUACAAGAGUAGUAAGGACAGUCAAUCUAAAAAAUUUUAUUGAUUAUUUUUUUCAUAAACAAAUAAAUUUAACCAAAAUUAAUUGUGAUCACUUAA